CGCUUUGGACGGAGCAUAGAGAGAUGAAUGGCGAGGGGACUAGCGAAGGGGGCGGAAUCGUGAAAAUGGAGGAGGUCCAGGAGAGGGUGGUCCACAUGUGGGGCUACUUGCCCGGAGCUCUGCCGCAGAGAGCGCCGCUCCUGUCGCCAGUGCCGGUGAGGAGCGCCGCCGCAGCCGCCACCGCCUGGAGGGACGUCUGUGGCGGUGGUUGUGGAUUCGCCAUGGGCAUUUCAGAUUCGGGGAAGCUUAUAACAUGGGGAUCCACAGAUGAUCUUGGUCAGAGCUAUGUGACUUCUGGGAAGCAUGGGGAAACACCAGAGCCUUUUCCUCUUCCUACUGAUGCCUCUGUAGUAAAUGCUGCAGCUGGUUGGGCCCACUGUGUUGCUGUUGCAGAUAAUGGAGAAGUUUAUACAUGGGGGUGGAAAGAAUGUAUUCCUUCUGGGAAGGUUUUUGGUGAUCCAACAAUUGGGGGGAACCUGGAAAAGGAAGCUCUAGAGAGGCAAACUUCUUUUUUGACCGAGCAAGCGAGCCCUCGAUCUCAAGGCUCAAAGUCAAGUGGGGGGAGCUUGUCUGGGGUAGACAGUAAAAGUGCUGGAGAAGAAAGUACAAAGCGAAGGAGAAUAUCAACAGCUAAGCAAGCAGCUGAAAGCUCAUCAUCUGCUGAUGAGACUUUGUCAGCAUUGCCAUGUUUAGUGUCAUUGAGUCCAGGAGUGAGGAUUGGCCUUGUUGCUACAGGUGGGCGCCAUACUCUUGCAUUGUCAGAUGUAGGUCAGGUGUGGGGUUGGGGAUAUGGAGGCGAGGGACAGCUCGGUUUGGGAUCUCGGAUACGAAUGGUGUCCUCUCCACAUCCUGUGUCUUGUAUUGAGUCUUCUUCAUAUGUAAAAGACAGAUCUAUGGGCUUUUCUAGAGGAAACAUGAGUUCUGAAGGGCAGAACUUUAGAGUUCCUGGGAGCUAUGUGAAGCAAAUUGCUUGUGGUGGACGACAUAGUGCAGCAAUAACAGAUGCUGGUGCGCUGCUCACAUUUGGUUGGGGACUCUACGGACAGUGUGGGCAAGGGAGUACGGAUGAUGAAUUGAGCCCGGCAUGCGUAUCUUCUCUAUUGGGCAUCAGAAUAGUCGGAGUAGCUGCGGGGCUCUGGCAUACUGUAUGUGUUUCUGCUGACGGUGAUGUCUAUGCAUUUGGUGGGAAUCAGUUUGGACAAUUGGGAACCGGGGUAGAUCAAGCUGAGACUAUUCCCAGGCUCUUGGAUGCUCCAAGUUUGGAACAUAUCAAUGCGAAAGCUGUAUCUUGUGGAGCUCGUCAUACUGCAUUAAUUACAGAGGAUGGAAAAGUGUUUUGCUGGGGAUGGAACAAAUAUGGUCAGCUUGGAUUGGGUGAUGUGAUUGAUCGCAAUAUUCCCUCGCAAGUCAACAUGGAAGGUUGUAUACCAAGGAAGGUUGCAUGCGGCUGGUGGCAUACUCUACUUUUAUCGGAGUCGCCCACUUGAGAUAUCUUUAUGGACAUUCUUUGGAGCCUUGGCACAGUUUUGUUAGGUUAGCAGUUUGUUUGACCAUUAAGUUAUAUGUAUAUGUAUAUACGUAGGGGUACGCGUAUCAUAUACAUAUAAGCAUGAAGUCAAUUCUUUUCUUAGGUAGAGCAGCAAAGUUGUCGCCUGCGAAAAGUGCAUAUACCCCUGUAAAAGUGCAUUCACCUGCAAGCUGCACAAGUUGAUUCUAGAUGAUUGUAUAUUGCUAGCUGCUAGAUGUAACUACUUGUAAUGCUCCAAUGCUUUUUAUGUUGACGGCUCGCUAUGGGCUUUAUCACUUGAA